UCCAAGGAUUGAGCAGCAAAGAGAAGUGUAUAUAAGCGCUUCUCCUUUCACAUUUAAUUUUAUAACACAACUCCAACAACCUUUAACCUCUUUUUUCUUAAACUCAACAACCUUUGCUUUGGCUCCAGCUAAGUUGGAGUGAUGAGCUCGCAAGAGCCAAACCAGCGGCCUAGGGUUCCUCGUCAGGGAUGGAUUCCUAGAGAACAGGGUGGUUCCUCCAGGAGGGACCCUAAUUUGCCUCAACUGCUGCGAGAGAUUCAGGAGAAGCUCGUGAAAGGUGUGGUGGAAUGCAUGAUUUGCUAUGACAUGGUGCGGAGGUCUGCGCCAAUCUGGUCUUGCUCCAGUUGCUUCUCUAUCUUUCACCUUAAUUGCAUAAAGAAGUGGGCACGCGCACCCACUUCGGUGGACUCCUCCGUAGACAAGAAUCAGGGUUUCAAUUGGCGGUGCCCUGGUUGCCAGUCUGUGCAGCUCACAUCAUCCAAGGAGAUUAAGUAUGUCUGCUUCUGUGGUAAGAGACCUGACCCCCCCUCAGAUUUCUAUCUCAUGCCUCACUCGUGUGGAGAGCCAUGCGGCAAGCCUCUUGAGACUCAGACUCAGAGGGACCUUGGAGGGGAUGAGGACCUUCUUUGCCCUCAUGUCUGUGUCUUGCAAUGCCAUCCCGGUCCUUGCCCUCCUUGCAAGGCCUUUGCCCCUCCGCGAAUGUGUCCUUGUGGGAACAAGAAUAUCACCACUCGUUGCUCUCACCGCCAUUCGCAUGUUACCUGUGGCCACCGCUGCCAGAAGCUUCUUCAAUGUGCCCGCCAUCGGUGUCAGCGGAUUUGUCAUUUGGCUCCUUGUCAUCCUUGUCAACUUCCCAUGGAUGCCUCUUGUUUUUGCAGUAAAAGGGUGGAGGUAAUUCUUUGUGGGGACAUCGCUGUGAGGGGUGAUUUCAAAGCACAAGCUGGUGUUUUUUCUUGUGGUUCCACUUGUGGAAGGAAGCUUGAUUGUCGUAAUCAUGUAUGUGUGGAUACUUGCCAUCCAGGCACCUGUGGGGAGUGUGAAUUAUUACCGUCCCGGAUUAAGACAUGCUGUUGUGGGAAAACUAGAUUGGAAGAAGAACGUCAAAGUUGUUUAGACCCAAUACCUACCUGUUCACAGGUAUGUGGCAAGUCCCUUCCUUGCGGGAUUCAUCGUUGUCAACAAGUGUGCCAUGCUGGGGAUUGUUCUCCUUGUUUGGUUCUAGUCUCGCACAAGUGUCGAUGUGGUUCGACUUCCCGAACUGUGGAGUGUUGCAAGACUAAAACGGAGAAUGAGAAAUUUACUUGUCAAAAGCCUUGUGGGCAGAAAAAGAAUUGUGGAAGGCAUCGAUGCAGUGAACGCUGUUGUCCACUUUCGAAUCCGAAUAAUGUUCUAAAUGCGGAUUGGGAUCCGCACCUCUGUUCGUUGCCAUGUGGAAAGAAGUUAAGGUGUGGACAGCAUGCGUGUGAAUCGCUGUGCCACAGUGGUCAUUGUCCACCUUGUCUUGAAACUAUAUUUACUGAUUUGAUGUGUGCUUGUGGUAAGACUUCAAUCCCUCCUCCAUUACCUUGUGGCACACCGCCUCCCUCAUGUCAGCUUCCAUGUUCAAUUCCUCAGCCUUGUUCCCAUCCAGCCUCUCACAGCUGCCAUUUUGGAGAUUGCCCUCCUUGUUCGGUGCCUGUAACAAAAGAAUGCAUUGGUGGGCAUGUAGCUCUUAGAAACAUACCUUGUGGUUCAAAGGAUAUUAGAUGCAAUAAACUCUGUGGAAAGACCAGACAAUGCGGUUUACAUGCAUGUGGCAGAACAUGUCACCUCCCACCUUGUGAUAAUCCAUCUCCUGUGCCAGGUAUUCGAGCCUCUUGUGGACAAACUUGUGGUGCUCCAAGGAGAGAAUGCCGGCAUACAUGUACAGCUCCAUGUCACCCUUCAUCACCAUGUCCAGAUACAAGAUGCGAAUUCCCUGUCAGCAUUACUUGUUCUUGUGGCCGAAUAACAGCAAAUGUUCCUUGUGAUGCUGGUGGCAGCUGUGCUAAUUAUAAUGCUGAUGCUGUACAUGAAGCUUCCAUUAUUCCAAAGUUACCUUUGCUGCUUCAACCUUUGGGUGCAAAUGGCAAAAAAGUUCCCCUUGGACAAAGAAAACUGAAGUGUAAUGAUGACUGUGCUAAGUUAGAGCGUAAACGGGUUCUUGCAGAUGCUUUUGAGAUUACCACUCCAAAUCUGGAUUCUCUCCAUUUUGGUGAUAAUUCUAGUGCUUCUGAAUUGCUUGCUGACAUGUUGAGACGUGAUCCUAAAUGGGUUAUAUCCGUUGAGGAGAGAUGUAAGUUUUUAGUACUUGGCAAGAGCAGAGGAAAUACACAGGGUCUAAAGGUCCAUAUUUUCUGUCCUAUGUUAAAGGACAAAGGAGAUGCAGUGAGGCUUAUUGCUGAGAGAUGGAAGCUUGUAGUGAAUGCAGCUGGUCGUGAGCCAAAGCGUUUUGUAGUUGUUCAUGUUACCCCAAAAUCAAGAGCUCCUGCACGUGUGCUAGGGAUUAAGGGUACUACAACUAUAAAUGCGCCCUUUCCUCCUGCAUUUGAUCCUUUGGUAGAUAUGGAUCCUCGACUUGUUGUCUCUUUUCUAGACUUACCAAGGGAUGCAGAUAUCAGUGCACUGGUGUUGAGAUUCGGUGGUGAGUGUGAACUGGUUUGGUUAAAUGACAAAAAUGCUUUGGCCGUUUUUAAUGACCCGGCCCGAGCUGCAACUGCCAUGAGGAGGUUAGAUCAUGGUACUGUUUAUCAGGGAGCUGUGGCGGUGGUUGUUCCAAAUGUUGGGGCAUCAGCUACAAAUGCAUGGGGAGGAUCUGGGACAAUGAAAGGAAGAGGAGGAUUGGCAGCAUUAAAGGGUAAUCCGUGGAAAAAGGAUGUUAUUCAAGAACUAAGUUGGAAAGAAGAUUCUUGGGGUGAUGAGGAGUGGACUACUGGUUCUGCUAAUGUCCAGUUGCCUAUUCAGAAGAAAGAUGCCCCAAUAUCUGCUUCAAUAAAUCCUUGGAGUGUCUUAAAUCAAGAAUCAUCAUCAAGUUCAUCUGUUGCAGCCGUGAAAAUUGAUGUUUCUAGGAAAGACUCUAAAAGUAGUGCUGUCACAAAGUUGGAACCUCAUGAUGGUGGUUCAGACCUAGGAGGGCAGCAUGCAAGAAACUUCGAUGCAUUAGAAGUUUCUGAUGUAGUAGAUGAUUGGGAGGAGGCUUGUGAAUAGCAAGGAGUAGACAGUUUUCUUUUCUAUCUCAAUUUUGCAUUUUAUUUUGUUGAAGAGGAGACAGGUAUUCUAUUUGUAUGGCGUCCUAGCCACUUUUUUUUUUGUCAUGAGGAGGGCAUCGCCCCUCCCUACUGGGUUAAUAUUUUAAUUUUCACAAUGGAAAAAGAAAAUGGAGUGAUGAUGUAUGGCCAGUAUGGGGCGAUUGAGGUAAAAUCAACGUUUCUUUGAUGCUCUGAAUCUCGGUUGAAGGGUUGUAGUUAGUAGCCUUUGCUGAUCCGAAAUGACUACUAAUUAAAUGGAGUAGCAGGUUAUCGUCUUAUGUGUUUUCAACAACAAAUAUCCUAGUGUCCGUUCAAUACCGAUGAAGAAAUUUCUAUCUUAGCAGUUUCAUUGGUUAUUGAGGAAUGUUAGUGUAUGGAAAUUAUGCAUAUCGACAAUUUAUAAGAAACACCAAAUUGUAGUUGAGAUAAAGCAAACCACACCUACUUCCUCCAUUAUUUCUUCCUACCAGCACAAUUAUCAGUUUUCAAUUUUCAAAUAUUUCAUUUCCCAGCUUUUCCUUCGUAUCUCCAUCUCAAACCUUGUGCCAAAGGGUCUCCAACUAGAUUUUUCUGGAAUUUUCCACCCCACCUCCAUAACAGACGUGUGUCUUUGAAGCAGUAUAUCACCUACCUCUGCCCUGGAGCUUGACCCCACCCACACUACUGAGGCACACAGGAAAAAAAAAAGAAUGUUGCAGAUGAUUUAUGUUCUGAUGCCUCUGCUGAUUUGUCGGAUGAUGUAUCGAUGUGAUUCUUUUCUUUUUACUUUUUACCUGUUCCAUUAAAUCAAUCUAAGGGAAACAAGCUUCGGUUCUUCA